UCAAGUUGAGCAACUUGUUGCACUGGGCGAUUUAUCAAACAAUAGCUGUGAUUGGUGGAGAAUGCGCACGCGUGUUGUUCGGGGAGCUGUGGCAGCUUGGGAUCCUUCGCGUUUUACGCUGUUAUGGAGAAUCUGGAGGAGGAUUUGACAUGUUCGGUGUGUUACGCUCUCUUCAGUGACCCGAGAGUUUUACCCUGUUCUCACACUUUCUGUAAGAGCUGUCUGGACAACGUGCUUCAGCUCUCCGUUACCGCAUCCAUCUGGCGUCCUCUCCAUUUGCCGCUCAAAUGUCCCAACUGCCGCAGCGUGACGGAGCUGCCGAGCAACGGCGUGUACACGCUGCCAGUGAACGUUUGCCUGCGUGCCAUCGUAGAGAAAUAUCAACGUGACGGCCAGCCCCGUUCUCCUGCGUGCCCCGAACAUCCCGGGCAGCCUCUAAACGUCUAUUGCGUUCAGGAUCGCGAGCUCAUAUGCGGCUUCUGCCUCACGGUUGGACGGCACCGAGGCCAUGCCAUCGACGACCUCCAGAGUGCUUACGUGAAGGAGCGAGCCGCUCCAGUGCAGCUGCUGGAGGGUCUGAGAGGAGACCAGAUCAGCAGCCUGGCCGAGCAUCUACGGCAGGAGAAGGUUCGGAGUGAGAGUCUCGUGCAGGAGGACCGGGAGGUUGUAGCACAUUUCUUCCAGGAGCUCGAGCUGAUUCUCGCUGAGAAGCAGGAUCAGUUCAUGCGGGCUCUCGACGGGGCGAGCGUGCUGCUGGCAGAGACGUACGAUCCGCUCGUCGAGCAGCUGAAGGAACUGCAGGUGGAGGAGAGCGCGCUGAUAUCUCUAAGCUCCAGCAUUGAGGAGGAAGGACAGCCGCUGGUUUAUCUUGAGAAGGUGCAUCAGCUGAGGGCACGUGUGAACGCUUUAAACCAGAUCGUCCUGCCGCAGGUACCCUGUCUUCAUAUCGCACCGCGAGCAGAGGAGUUCAUCGAGGAACACUGGACUCGUGUCACUGUCAGGGAACUCCGAGACGGACCCAUUCCUGACAUCUCGUGUUGUCAUCCACACAGACACUCGGUGAAGAGUGCACAAAAGCAACAUGAGAAGCGCUUCUGGUGCUCUUCAGUCUUUCUUGUGUUGUUUGUGCUCGUGCUGGUGUGUGGAAGCUUCUUUGUUUCAUCAGGAAUCACUGCUUCACUUCAGCUUCAUGAUAUAGAGACACACCUCUGCUGUAUAUUACACAACAUAGAGACACAUCUCAGCUCUUACGUUUACACUCUAGGACAAAACACCUACCAACAGCUCCUUACCUGUCUCAACAUACUACACACACAGUAAUGACCUUUCACAACU